UAGUCAUAAAAGAAUAAUAUAUAUAGUUGCCUAUGAUUUCUAAUAUAGUUACGACAGUAAACCAGUAAUAAAACACAAAAUAUGUGUAUCAAUAAAUAAACUUAACAAUGUUAAAAAACUUUUUAAAAACAAAAAACGUGAUAAAACGAAUUAACUUUUCGCAGUUUAAUAAUUUAACAAUGGAUCGAACUAAAAUUAUACAAUUAUUGCAAAAAAGCAUACCGCCUUUGGAUGGAACACAACACAAAGGUCAAGCUGGAAGAAUUGGUAUAGUCGGUGGUUCAUUAGAAUAUACAGGCGCGCCUUACUUUGCCGGUAUUGCUGCUUUGAAGGUUGGAGCUGACUUGGUGCACAUUUUCUGUUCAAAACCUGCAGCUACUGUUAUAAAAACAUAUAGUCCAGAAUUGAUUGUUCAUCCUUUACUUGAUGAACUUGACGCAGUUAAUAAUAUUUUACCAUGGCUUGAAAGAUUGCAUGCAUUAGUUAUAGGACCUGGAUUAGGCCGUGACCCAAAGAUAUUUGAGGUUGUCACAAAACUAAUAGAAUUAAUAUGCAAAAAGCAAAUACCACUAAUCAUUGAUGCAGAUGGCUUAUUUCUAAUAACCGAAAAACCCGAAUUGAUUAAAAACUUCACCUCACCAGUUAUAUUGACUCCUAAUAAAAUUGAGUUUGAACGGCUUUGCAGUAAAGUGAAUGGCAUUACAGGUAUAAAGGAUUUGAACAAAAACAUAACCAUUCUGAAGAAGGGUGAAACUGAUGAACUUUAUUGUUUUAAUCCUGAUUUGGAAUGGAAAUUGAAUGAAGCAGGGUCUGGCAGAAGAUGUGGAGGUCAAGGUGACCUUCUAUCUGGAUCUAUAGCAACAUUCUUACAUUGGACUAUAUCAACAAAAAACAUGAUUGAUGAUGAAAAUAAUAAGCCUAUUGAUAAAAAGCUUUUAGCAUCAUCAUUGUCUUGUUUUGCAGCAUCAUUAUUAGUACGUAGUUGUAAUGCAAAAGCUUUUCAGAUAAAAGGCAGGAGUAUGUUAGCAACGGACAUGAUUGAACAUUUCCAUGAAGCAUUUACUGAGCUGUACGGAACAUAAUGAAAACAUCUAUAAUGUUCUAAAAUUUCUUUUAAUUAUUAUAUUAGUAUAAAUCAAAGAGGGUCAUAAAAGUUAAGUAAAAGAUUUUAUAUUAUUACAAUAUACAUAAAGUUGCAUUAUAAUUUUAUUCUUAUGUAAUUGUAUAUUCAUAGAUUAAACAAACUAAUGGUUAAAACAAUAUUUAUAUAUUUUAAUUAAACAAGCUUUAAACAAA